AUGUCGGAGCCUCCUGUAUUGCAAGGGAAGGUCAUCGCUGUUGUGGGCGGCGCCUCUGGCAUCGGCCGGGCGGUAUCUAAGCUUCUAGUCCAACGUAAGGCCAAGGUCGCCAUCGCCGACAUCCAACAGGACCUCCUCGCCGCCGUCAAGGCAGAACUCACCGAUGCUGGUGGCGAACUCUUGACGCACCAAGUCAACAUCACCGAUCGCGAGCAGACCGAGGAAUGGCUGGCCGACGUCGAGAAGCAGUGGGGCGGUCUGGACGGCGCCGUCAACCUAGCGGCCAUCAUUCCAAAAUCGCACAACAAGGGCAGCGUGCUGGACCAGACUGAUGCCGAUUGGGACGAGGUCUUCGCGGUCAAUGUUCGCGGUAUGAUGAACUGCCUGCGGGCUCAUAUCCCGCACCUCCUGCAGCGCGACGGCGGCGGCAGCAUCGUCAACUUUGCCACGAGCGAGCACGCCGUGAUCGGCUUGACGUCGAGCGUAGCCAAAGAGUUUGGACGCCGAAACAUUCGGAUCGCCGCCAUUGCACCACCGAUCGAUGCUGACCCGAAGGCGGCCCAAGAGAAAGAGAACCCUGAGAUUACCGCCCUGGGGCGUUUCGUACGACCGGUGGAGAUUGCAAGAGCGGUUGCAUUCCUGCUCGGGUUAGACUCUAGCUUCAUCACGGGGGUUCCGGUCAGCGUGGACGGUGGCUGGGUCUGUUAA